UUUAUCCAUGGGAGAGCCGGGUGGAGUUAGCUCUUCGUUAGCUAGUUGUUCCUGUUGUAGUUUCCUUUGUCAGUAAACGCCUCGGUCCACCAUGGUGCACAGCUGCUGUGCGCCGGGCUGCCAGAGCUAUCGGGGCAAAUACAAUGAAAGUAAAUCCUAUUUUAGGAUUCCUAAAGACCCCGAGAGGAGAAGGAAAUGGAUUGCUGCCAUAAAACGCGCCAGAAGCAUCCAGAACCAGGCCGAGCCGUUUGAGCCCAUGAACAAAAUAUUUCGGUUAUGCAGCGACCACUUCAUCUCAGGGAAAAAGAGUGACAGCCCUUGGUCACCUGACUACGUUCCCUCCAUCUUCAAUCCUGUCCCGUCCCCGGAGACGACCAUGACUAGCACAAUGUGGUUAGAUGUCUUCAGCUUGAUCCAGCAGAGCAAACUCCAGAGAAUAAAGACAGCAGCGCAGCCAUCAGCUGCAGCAGUAAUGGAUGGACCAGCCUGUCCUACAGCUGCAGCAGUAAGGGAUGGACCAGCCUGUCCUACAGCUGCAGCAGUAAUGGAUGGACCAGCCUGUCCUACAGCUGCAGCAGUAAUGGAUGGACCAGCCUGUCCUACAGCUGCAGCAGUAAUGGAUGGACCAGCCUGUCCUACAGCUGCAGCAGUAAUGGAUGGACCAGCCUGUCCUACAGCUGCAGCAGUAAGGGAUGGACCAGCCUGUCCUACAGCUGCAGCAGUAAUGGAUGGACCAGCCUGUCCUACAGCUGCAGCAGUAAUGGAUGGACCAGCCUGUCCUACAGCUGCAGCAGUAAGGGAUGGACCAGCCUGUCCUACAGCUGCAGCAGUAAUGGAUGGACCAGCCUGUCCUACAGCUGCAGCAGUAAGGGAUGGACCAGCCUGUCCUACAGCUGCAGCAGUAAUGGAUGGACCAGCCUGUCCUACAGCUGACCAGGUGAAGGAAUCUAACAUCAGCUGUGGAAAUAUUCGGCCUUCUCCUGACGAAAAUGACGAUCUAGCAAGUCCACCGUACGACAGGGAAAAUGGUAAACCAGCGUAUGAGAUGCUGGAGUCGGAUCCAGACUGGGUCCCAUCGCUGCACCUGGAUCACAGGGAACCGAACCCCCGGCGCACCACCCGGCUGCUCCGGUCGGUGCGGCAGGAGAACGGAGACCCGGAGCAGCGAUGCACCCCCCCAGAGACAAGACCUGCACACGAGACCGAGACCAGAACAGCAGCAGGAGGUGCAGAGAAGCCUGUGGUGCGUCCCUGGAGAGAAGUUAGAUCUCUGCUGCAGUCGGCUCUGCAACAUAAACCCAACUUCAGCCGGCAGCCUGGAGACGAGACGCACGGACAAACUGAGAAGAAGACGACAGACGUCAGCUUCAGAGAUUUGUUCAGAGGCGCUCUGGAAGCUUCUCUGGACGCCUACAGCCGGUCCCGGGCUCUGUCGGCGCCGCGGCCGCCCAGCGGGUCCUGGGAGUACGACGUGGAGCUGAACCUUAACCUGCCACCGGUGAAGGAGGAGAAGCAGACCUGCGAGGAGUCUAUCACCUCCUCCUCCUCCUCUUCCUCCUCCUGUCUGAGCUACGUCAGGCUGCAGACGAGGAACACAGAGCUGGAAGAGAAGCUGUCGCACCUCACAGAGGAACCUGAGACCAUGGAGGUACCAGGGACCAUGCAGGAACCAGGGACCAUGGAGCUACCAGGGACCAUGCAGGAACCAGGGACCAUGGAGGUACCGGAGACCAUGGAGGUACCAGGGACCAUGGAGCUACCAGAGAUCAAGGAGGAACCAGAGACCAUGAAGGGACCAGAGACCAUGGAGGAACCAGAGAUCAAGGAGGAACCAGAGACCAUGAAGGGACCAGAGACCAUGGAGGUACCAGAGAUCAAGGAGGAACCAGAGACCAUGAAGGGACCAGAGACCAUGGAGGAACCAGAUAUCAAGGAGGAACCAGAGACCAUGAAGGGACCAGAGACCAUGGAGGUACCAGAGAUCAAGGAGGAACCAGAGACCAUGGUUGUACCAGAGACCAUGGAGGUACCAGAGAUCAAGGAGGAACCAGAGAACAUAGAGGUUUCCACGGUCCCCGAAAUGUCUCCUCAGAGUCCCUGGAGAUCGCCCGCCAAGGAGGACAAGUCUGCAUACCCUCGGGAGGACCGGUCUUCCUCCCUGGACGCUGAUUUGGAGCCCGGAGAAGUCCGGGAACUGUCGGAGUUGAGCGAAGACUCGGAGACGGACGCCCGUCCCCCCAAAAACCCCGACGAGGACGUCCCACCGCCACGUCGGCGUGGCGACCAAAACCACGCCAUCGGGAAGUCGUGCGGCCGAGAGUGUCGGAGGAGGUGCCGGGAGAGAAUCGGCGCCGCCAGACGAGAGGCGCUGCACGCCGAAUACUGGAGCAUGAGCUACGAGGGCAAGAAGGCGUUCGUUUCCUCCAACGUUCCUCGCCGCCAAACGGCGGUACAGUCCGGCGCCGUUCCCGGCAGACGCAAGCAGACCCUCUCGUACCAGUUCACCGACGACCUGGGACUCACGCAGAGAGUCUGCAAGACCUUCUUUCUCACCACGCUGGGGUACAAUCCCAAAAAUGACCGCAUCGUGCAGAUGGUCAGCGGGAACGGCCGGCCUCGGUCUCGCGGAGAACGCCGCGGAGAACGAAGCGGCGAGGCGUCGGAUCCUGCGAGUCCACGGAGUGAAAUAACGGUGGAGCUGCACCAGCUGGAGACGGGAGAUACCCAGCGCUGGAACGUUACCGAGUACAUUUACUCCAGCACUGGGCUGCAGUCCAAACGCUGAGACCAGGGGUUAGACCACUUAACACUGUGUGUGUGUGUGUGUGUGUGUGUGUGUGUGUGUGUGUGUGUGUGUGUGUGUGUGUGUGUGUGUGUGUGUGUGUGUGUGUGUGAGUGAGUGAGUGAUUGUUUAACUACAUUCGUGGGGUCCAAAAACUGGGUGUCCAGUAUAGUACAACAGCUCUGUGGGGCCAAAAUGCUGGACCCCCCAAGUUUAAAGGGCUGUUUGAGGGUUAAGACUUGGUUUUAGGAUUAGGGAUAGAAUUAGGUUAUGGUUAAGG